AUGUUUCCUUAAUAGAUAUUGAUUUAGUUACCUCAACAUCAAAUGGAGAUUGUAGUCUAAGUUAAAAUAGGAUCUGGCACUCAAGGUAGUGUAUAUUAAGGUUUUAUAAAAAAUCUUAAUCAACAAGUAGCUAUAAAAGUAAUGAACGAAUUAAAUCCAAGAGAAGAAAAAAUAUUAUAAUCAAUAAAGCAGCAUAAACCAAAACAUAUUAUAAGAAUAUAUGCAGUUGAAAAACUAUGGAAACAAGUUUAUAUAGUGAUGGAAUUGGCUGAAAUGGAUUUUUUUAAGUUUAUGAAUACAAAUCAAUUUAGCACAUAUGAUGUAGAUGAAAAAAGCGAAUUCUUUUUAUAAGUAUAUACAAACAUUAUAUUAGAUGGUUAAGGGAGUUUAAGAAUUUCAUUAAAUAGGCUACUUCCAUAGAGAUUUAAAACCAGAAAACUUUGUUUGCUGUCGCGAUAAAAGCUAGAAUUUGACGAUUAAAUUAAUUGAUUUUGGCUGCUCCAAAGAAUAAUCAGAUGGUGGGAAACAAACAUUAUAGGUUGGAACUCCUUACUAUAUGGCAAGAGAUGUUAUUAAUUCUACAAACUAUACAAAAGAGAUUGACAUUUGGGCAAUGGGAGCUAUCUGGUAUGAAAUGAUCACAUUGUAAACUUUUUUUCAAGGUAACAAAUUGAUUUACUCUAGGUAUCAAUGAAAGAAAUAUCUAUUACUAAAUCUCCACAAUUUAGACUGAUUAAAUAGAUUAAAAAAUUGAUAAACUUGAUAAAUGCUAGUUAGAAUUUCGGGAAAUUAUGAAAGAAAUGAUUUGCUUAGAUCACCAGAAAAGAAUUUAGUUGGACGAUGCAAUUGAAAAAAUAACACAAACUCUUUAAAAAGUAAAAUUAUAAAAAAUUGAAGCAAAAAUAAAACAAUAGUUUGAAAAAGAAUUUUAAGAGAAGGAAUAGUAAAUCACUUAUCAGAAUUAAAUGAAAUAUGAAAACCUUGAGCGAUAAAUGAAACUAGAUGAGGAAAAUUAACGUAAACAACUUAAGGAAUAACUUAAGAAUGAAUACGAAAAGAACAUAAUUAAUAAGGAAAAUGAAUUACGAAAAAUAAUAUAAUAACAACAAUAAGCUUCUAAUUAAAAUCAGAAAAAUAAUGAAGUCUAAAGAUUAGAAUAAACACUACAAUUUUAAUCUUAACUGAACUCAUAUAAACUUGAAAUUGAACAACAAUAUUAAUAAAAAAUGAAAUAAGAAUUGUAAUUACUUGAAAAUAAGUCAAAAGAAGGCUUACUUAGAAUUAAAUAAAAGGAGGAUGAAGAAAAUAAGAAAUUAUUAAACGAAGAAUUCUAGAAGUAAUAUAAAUUAGAAUUAUUUAAGAAAUAGUAAGAGUAUCAAAUACAAUUUUAAAAUUAAUAUAUCAAGGAAGAGCUUAACAGUAAGAAAAAAUAAUUAAACUAUCUUCUUAAUUUAUUAUAGAAUACGAUUUAAAAUCAUUUAUCAUCUUUGAAUUAAUAAAAGUUAGAAAUAGAUAGUUACGAAUUUAAUAAUUCAGAUUAAUAAUAGAUAUUCAAUUAAAUAUAGAAUUUUAUUAGCUAAAAGUAGAAUCAAUUAUAGUAAAUAAGUGAACAUAUCAAUAAUUUAGAUAUAAAGAAUGAGUAUUAAUAAUUGUAAUUUCUAAUAGAACUUGAAUCCAAAUAUAAAAAUGAAUUUUAAAUACACAUAUAAGAAAAUCAAAUGAUUCAAUAACAGAUUUAAUCGUUUAUGAUUUCUUUUGUAAAAGAGUAGUAAAAAAAAAUUUUAUUGGAAAAAUAGGAAAAAGAAGAAAAAGAAAUUCAAUAAGAAAUGAAUGAAUAAUUUGCAUAAUACCAAAAACUCCAAAAUGAAUUCAAUGAAUAGUAAAGCGAAAUUCAAACCAUUCAAAUAAAUUGUGAAAAAUUAUCAAUUUAUAAUUACAAUGUAACUGGUCAAUUUAAAGAAUUAAAGUUUCAUGCCGACGCGAUAUCUGCAUCGGUAAACUAACUUAGAAUAUUUUAUUACUCAUAAGAAAGCAAAGUUUCUCGAGAUUUAAUCAACUAUUUACAAAUUUAAAAAUUACAAAUUGACAAAUCAAUAGAAAAGUUGAAAGACGAAAUUUAAUAAAUGAAAAAUACUCUUUCAAUUUAAAAAGAGGAAUUAAAAUAUGAGAUGCAAAGAGAUCUGUAAAAAAUUAAUGAUUAGGCCGAGAAUAUAGAAUUCAAAAUUCAAAUUUACUAAAAAGUAAAUGAUAAAUAAAAAGAAAAUAUUUUAAAUUUACUAUAAAAGAGGUUAUUAAAUAUUAGAUAACUAUAUAAUUAAUUAAACACAAUUAUUUAAACUGAUACUCUUUAUUUAAAUGUAAAAGAAUAUGUGGAAAUUAAAUAAAAAUAUUUAGAAGAAGAAUAAAAUUCUACAGAUUUAUCAAAUAAGUUAUAAGAAUAACAAUAAAGAGAAAACUAAAUCAAGAUAAUAGAAAAGAAAUAAUUAAACUUUAUUAUCCAUAUUCAAUAGAAAUCAAAUCAAUUUUAGGAAUCCAUAUAAGAUCUCAAAGAUUAAUUGAGUGUAAUAGAAUAAAAUUGUAAAUAAAUAGAAAACCCUUAAAUCAAACAUGAUCUAGAGGAAAAACAAACUGAGUUAAAUAAUUUAAAAAAAUUAGCAAAAUAAAUGUAUGAUUAAAUAAUAAAAGAAACUUAAAAAGACAUGAUUUUUUACCAAACGUUUGAAUCUCUAUAAGAAGAAUCAAAUAGUAUUUAGAUAUAAUUAGAAAAUAAGAAGAAUGAAUAAAGCAAUCAAAUUACACAGUUACAGGAUUUAUCUUAACAGAUUCUAAAAUAAUGUCAAUCUGAAACAAAUAAGCAUUUUUAGAAUAUCAAAGAUGAAUUGUAAUAAAUAUAUUAAGACUUUAAUCAAAAGUAAAUCGAAUUUAUGAAUUUGGAUAUUUAACAUUACAAUUAUUAGCAUAUAAUAGAGUAAAAUUAAUUAAAGUAAGAAGAGUUUCAAAAUUUAAUUAAUAAAAUGAAAAAUACUUAUGAAAAAUUAAAACAAAAUAUGGAGUUAAUUAAAAAUAAGAAGAAACCAAAGGAUAAAAAUUCUCAUAAACAAGUUGACAAUUUUAAAAUAAUCUUAAUUGAAAUUGAAAAGAAAAAUGAUGAAUAAUCUCAAGAUAUGGAAAAAUAGAUUAAGGAGAUUGAGUCAUUCUAUUAAAAAGUAAAAUUUUUGAAUUUAGAAGAUGAAAAUCAAAAAUACCAAAAUUGGAUAGUAAAAUAAGAGUCAAUACGUGAAAUGAAUAAAAAGUUUAUUGGAUUUCGUGGUUAGAUUUAAGGGAUGCAAAAAUCUCUUAUAGAAGAAAUGGGUACUUUACAAACAGAAUUUAAAGAACUCAAAGAUUAAGUUUGCAUCCUAACUAAAUAAAUUCCUACAAAUGAUUAAAUAAAGGAAUUUCAAGAAAGGUUUCACAAUAAUGAUUAGUCAUUUCUGACCCUUAGUUUUCUUAUCAUUCUGAUCAAAGCCUUUGAACUUAAAAAAUACGUUAUUAGACUAUAAGAGUUCUAAGAAAAAUAAAAAAAAAAGAAAUAAACCAAUACAGUAUUUAGAGAAUAAUUAAGUAAUUUGAUAGAAGCUAAUUAAAUAAUAUAUAAAUAUGAAUCCUUUCUAAAAUGCAAAAGAACGGUUGUCUUAAAAUAGGAACUGAUUGAAGAUGAAACUUAAAUUGAGAAAUAAAUUUAAGUUAUAUAUAACUUUGUAAAGACUGUAAACACUGUUAAAUUAAGAUCAUACUUGAAGAACUAAUAAGUAGUUAAAACUAUUAGCGAAAAUUAUAUUGAAAAUUUAGAAUAUUGUAAAUUAGAGAUAUUUUAUUAAGUGAGGCCUAACAACAAAUCUUGA